CUCGAUCUGCAAAAUAUAAAAUUAAUUAAGCUCGUGAAGACUUCAAUUAGUCAUGGGCAUUGCUCCUUUGACACCAAUCUCUGCAAAACGAAAACUUCCACCACGGUGUGCAGGUAAAUCUGAAGAGAACAUAGAAUACAGUCUCAAGCCUCAAGCACCCCUUUAUGUAAGGCCAAAUUCAACAUUGUUCAAUGUCUUGCCCUACAAUGGUGGUCAUCCACCCUCUGCUGCCCACCAUAUGUCGUCUCCAAAUACCACUGAAAGACCUCAGCCACCUCCAUUUCCACCUCCAAUCUUCCCUCCUCAUAACAAUCAUACUAUUUCAACUUGUAAUCAAACUUUGCCAGUGUCUUCCUCUUCUCACUCGGAACCAUACACGAGUACUUGCUAUCCUCUAGUCACCCCUGAUGGUGGUUACCAUCACCCACCGCUGCCUUUUCCUUACGCCACCGGUGUCUACCCUCCAGAUGGAAGCCGUUGGUAUCCGCUGCCGCCGCAGCUCACAGAGGAACAUUGUCGGCACCACUCUCCUCCAUCCUUAAUGGCGAUGGAGUAUCCACCAUCACCACCACCUCACAAUGUUUAUCCACCUCCCCCUGCUAACUAAGGCAACCAUCUUAAUUGGAUUCAAAUAUGCUUGCUAAGCACAGCCAUAUGUAAAGGACAUUGAGAUCCUGACAAGUACUCUUGAUAUGGAUCUUAAACAAACAAACCGUUAUCUAAUUAAAUAUUUGUGAUUUCUUUCCCAUU